GGCAAAAUGACAUAGCGGUGUCGACACCCACUUCCCCAUUCUCCUGCGAAGACAAUCCCCUGUUACAAAGUAUUACACAUUCCUUGUGAAAAAAUGUCGACAUUCCAGCUUCUCUUUCCCUUUCAAUCCAGACGUUACCGGCAAUCUGGGCGCCGCUCUGCGCAUGAUAAAAGUCUUCCUACGUUUCCUCUCAAUUCUAUUCUAUUCUUCUCGCUAUCAUUGCACAGAGAUUCGUAGCGCAGAAGGAUAGAACAUCUAUAUAUAUAGGCAUAUCUUUCUCAUCUUUUAUCAUGUCAUUCGUAGAGGUUCGAUCUUCAAUGUCCAUUUUUCCAUUUUAUUCCUUCCUUCUUUCCUUAUCUGUAGUUGUGAUCGUUAUUGUUCUGUAUGUAAAGCUUAUCAAACUGUCUCUCUGUUUUGUGAUUUAGGGUCUUCUCCCGUUUUGCAUGGAUCGAAUUAGAGAGAAGACGGGUAUCUUCACAGUCUCUUUUUUGCAGAGAGUUUCUCAAUCAAUGUCUAACGUCAGCUGCGAAGGUGCUGGCAGAGAGUCACAGAACUGCCAAGACAGUGGGUCCGCUUUCAUCCUGAAAAUGGUUGCAAUCGCUUCUAUCCUUCUUGCCGGUGCAUUUGGAGUUUCACUCCCAUUAAUCGGCAAGAAGCGGCGGUUCCUCCAAACGGACUCUAAUCUCUUUGUUGCAGCCAAAGCCUUUGCAGCUGGUGUCAUCCUUGCCACUGGUUUUGUCCACAUGUUACCUGACGCUAGCGAACAUCUGACUGACACCUGUCUACCUGAUUUCCCUUGGUCAAAGUUCCCGUUCUCGGGAUUCAUCGCGAUGAUGUCAGCACUUGCAACAUUGGUUGUGGACUUUGUUGGGACGCAAUAUUACGAAAGGAAGCAAGAAAAGCAAAGUCAAAAGGAAAAUAUUGAAUCACUGGAGGCUGCGAUGGUGGGGUCAGAGUCUGCAAUUGUUCCGGUGGAUACAAAAGGGAGGAAUGGAGUGUUGUUUGGGGAAGAAGAAGGAGGCACAAUUCACAUUGUUGGAAUGCAUGCACAUGCCGCUCAUCAUAGACAUAACCAUGCUCAAGAAGUGGGAGCAUGUCAAGGCCAUGCCAAGGAGCAUUUACAUGGCCAUUCACAUUCUCACUCACAUGGUAUUGGUCAUGGGGAUGAUGAAAACGGAGUGAGACACGUAGUUGUUUCACAGGUUUUGGAACUCGGAAUUGUAUCCCACUCGAUGAUUAUAGGUCUCUCUCUUGGGGUUUCCGAAAGUCCAUGCACAAUCAGGCCCUUAAUCGCGGCACUCUCAUUCCAUCAGUUCUUUGAAGGGUUUGCUCUUGGAGGUUGCAUAUCCCAGGCCCAAUUUAGGACUCUACGCGUCACUCUGAUGGCCACAUUCUUUGCCAUAACGACCCCCUUGGGGAUCGCUGGAGGGCUUCUUCUUUCUUCAUUCUACAAUCCUCAAAGCCCAAGGGCAAUGGUGGUGGAGGGCAUCUUUGACUCUGUAUCUGCUGGAAUCCUAGUGUACAUGGCUUUGGUAGACUUGAUCGCUGCCGAUUUCUUGAGCAAGAAGAUGAGCUGCAAUACCAGGCUUCAGAUCGCCUCAUAUUUUUGCCUGUUUUUAGGAUCUUUACUGAUGUCAUCCCUGGCUAUAUGGGCCUGAAUGUAUCUCUAUUUAUCACUCUAUAUAUAUCUGCACGCCAUCCUUGUGUUAAUGACAUGAAAUCCAACAAAUGUAUAUUAUAUUUCCUUCUAAAAUUUGUGAGGAUUAUCGUUGUGUUGUUUGUUAAGCUUGUGUUGGGUUUCAGGCCUUGAGGGGUGGGGUUGGAAAGCAAUGCCAAAUUCUGAUUCAUAGAAAUUUCUGAAACGGUAUUCUCCUGUGCUAUAAGUAUUCGUUAUUCACAAUUUCACAAAUUCAAGCCUCCAAGGGUUUCAGAC